AUGUCUAAACGUGGCAGACCUCCAGCGAUUGAAUCGCAAAAGAUCGUUGAAGCUAUUCUCGAACAAUCGAAAGAAAUUGUGUGUUCCAGAAGCGGCAGUAUUAUCGAUAAAAAUAAUACUAUUUGGAAAAAAAUUUCCGGUAAUCUUCACAAUUUAAUCACUCCUCACUCACUUUAUGCUUAUGUUACUGAUGACAGAUACGAAUUGAAACGUAAACUGUUUGACUGUGAAGGAAUCAAUUUGGACCAAUCGUCUAAUAGUGUAAACAGCACUACAGCAGAUGAAUCAAUGAAUUUAAGUAAUAAUAGUGAUGAUUGUAAUACACAUGAAAAUAUAAAAAGAACUUAUGUUAUUUAUUUCACUAAAGAAGAGUUUAAGGCUUUAAUUAUUACUAAAACUGGUAAAGAAAAACUAGACAAGGAUCGAAAAAAAUGA